GGCCGGGGAGCGGGGCCGGCCCUGGGGGCGCCACCGCCGCGUCCCCGCCGCCGCGGGAGUCCUCCCGCACCUCUGCUGUGCCCGCUGCGUGCUCGCUGCGGCGCCCUGCAACCCUUCUGCGCCUCCUCUAGGUUCUCCCUUUCCGCACCCGUGCACAUUUCUAACGGGGAUCGCAGCCAUGUCCACGGUGGGGACAGCCGGCCCCCCCAGCGUCCCUCGUCACACCAACCGCCUGAUUAAUGAAAAGUCCCCGUACCUCCUGCAGCAUGCCCACAACCCUGUGGAUUGGUACCCUUGGGGUCAGGAAGCCUUUGAUAAAGCAAAGACAGAAAACAAGCUGAUAUUCCUGUCAGUUGGCUACUCUACCUGCCACUGGUGCCAUGUCAUGGAAGAGGAGUCCUUCAAGAGCAAGGAGAUUGGGGACAUCAUGAAUGAACACUUUGUAUGCAUCAAAGUGGAUCGUGAGGAGCGGCCAGAUGUGGACAAAGUGUACAUGACCUUCGUGCAGGCCACCAGUGGUGGAGGUGGUUGGCCCAUGAGUGUCUGGCUGACCCCAGACCUCAAGCCCUUUGCUGGGGGGACGUACUUCCCUCCUGAGGAUGGAGUUAAUCGUGUUGGUUUUCGGACUGUGCUGCUCCGGAUCGCAGAGCAGUGGAAGGAGAACAAAGAUGCCCUGUUGGAGAGCAGCCAGAGGAUUCUGGAAGCAUUGCGACACACAUCAGAGAUCCGUGUUCAGGGCCAGGCAUCACCCCCACCAGCCAAAGAGGUGAUGGACACGUGUUUCCAGCAGCUCUCCAGAUCCUAUGAUGAGGAGUAUGGUGGCUUUUCCAAAUACCCCAAGUUCCCCAUGCCAGUGAAUUUGAAUUUCCUGUUCACCUACUGGGCCCUGCACCAAACUACUCCAGAAGGUACCCGGGCACUGCAGAUGGCUCUGCACACCCUCAAGAUGAUGGCCCAUGGGGGCAUCCAUGACCACAUUGGUCAGGGGUUUCACCGCUACUCCGUCGACCAGCACUGGCAUGUCCCUCACUUUGAGAAGAUGCUCUAUGACCAGGGACAGCUGGCAGCCAUAUACAGCAAAGCCUUCCAGAUCUCUGGGGAUGAAUUCUUUGCUGAUGUCGUCCGAGACAUUCUACUCUACGUCUCACGUGACCUGAGUGACCAGGCAGGAGGUUUCUAUAGUGCACAAGAUGCAGAUUCCUACCCGACCACCACAUCCAGAGAGAAGCGAGAAGGAGCUUUCUGUGUGUGGGCAGCCAAGGAGCUCCGGGCUCUCCUCCCUGAUCCUGUUGAGGGUGCCACAGAGGGGACAACCUUGGCAGAUGUCUUCAUGCACCACUAUGGAGUGAAAGAGGCUGGCAACGUGGACCCUGCAAGGGACCCCCAUCAGGAGCUGAAGGGAAAGAACGUCCUCAUUGUCCACUGCUCCCCAGAGCUGACGGCAGCCAAAUUCGGGCUGGAGCCAGGCCAACUGAGUACCCUGCUGCAGGAAUGCCAACAGAGACUGUCCUCAGCCCGGGCACAGCGGCCACAGCCACACCUGGACACCAAGAUGCUGGCAGCAUGGAAUGGGCUGAUGAUCUCAGGCUUUGCCCAGGCUGGGGCUGCCCUAUCUGAGCACGGAUAUGUGAGUAGGGCUGCACAGGCAGCUGCUUUCCUGAGGACACACCUUUUCGACCCAGACAGCGGGAAGCUGCUGCGGAGCUGCUAUCAGGGCAUGCACAACUCAGUGGAGCAGAGUGCUCUGCCCAUCCAGGGCUUCCUGGAGGAUUAUGUCUUUGUCAUCCAGGCACUCUUUGACCUGUAUGAAGUCUCGCUGGAGCAGGGCUGGCUGGAGUGGGCCCUUCAUCUCCAGCACAUGCAAGACAAGCUCUUCUGGGACCCUAAAGGCUUUGCUUAUUUCUCCACUGAGGCCAGCGAUCCCUCCCUGCUCCUGCGUCUCAAGGACGACCAAGAUGGAGUAGAGCCCGCCCCUAACUCUGUCGCUGUCACAAACCUGCUCCGAGCAGCUUGUUACUCUGGUCGUAUGGACUGGGUGGAAAAAGCUGGCAAGAUCUUGGCUGUCUUCUCAGAGAGGCUGCAGAAGAUCCCGAUAAUCCUCCCAGAGAUGGUCCGGGCCACCGCUGUCUUCCAUCGCACCCUCAAACAGGUCGUCAUCUGUGGGGACCCCCAAGGAGAAGACACCAAAGAGAUGCUGCAUUGUGUCCACUCUGUCUUCAGCCCAAACAAGGUGCUGAUGGUCGCAGAUGGAGACAACGCUGGGUUCCUCUACCGCCAGCUGCCUUUCCUUGCAUCCCUGGAGAGGAAGGAUGGGAAAGCCACUGCCUAUGUCUGCAGCAACUUCACCUGCUCCCUGCCUGUCACCUCUGUCCAGGAGCUGCGUGGGAUGCUCAGCCCAUGAGCCCUUCAGUCCUGCUGCCUGUGGGAAAGCAAGAGUGGGACAGGCUGGCCUGGGAAUAUGGAAGAACCCAUUAUAGAGGCAACCUGAGCACCAUCCCAGAUGGUUCCUAGCAGUGCAGUGGGGCUGUGCCCUUCCCCAUCUGCAGCAGGCUGGGGUCUACUUGCACUAUUGCACCAGCAGUGUCUCAGCACAGCUGACUGUGGUCCUGGGUGCUGUUUUUGGUCACCCAUGGAGGAGCAUUUCCUGCCCCUGUAUACAUGCUUGCUUCUCACCUCUUGCUAAGGAAAAGGAAACUGAAUUAAAUAUAAAUCCCAGUGUUAAUGGAGAAGUCAGAUGGGAAAACUGUUAGGGUUCCUAUGGCAACCCAGGGUAACACUGUCAAAAGCACCUGGAUGACUUGGGAGUCAAGCGCUCUUAAAAGUGUUACUGGCAACAACAGCUGUGGUAUUUUUCCAUUACAGAGGAGAUUGUAACAUACAUUAACUUAAUAUAUAGUGCAUGGAAAAAAACCUGAUUACAGCUGA